AUGGGCAGCAUGUGCUUGGUGAGCCCGCCACUGAUGAGAGCAAUUUCUUUUGCCGCGCGCGACCGGGUGCCUGAAUGCAUCCCGCAGAACUUGACCAACCUGGCACAAUCUUUCACAACCUUCGCGACCAACGAUCUGCCACUCUUGCAGGCUGCUGCCCGCGGAGCCGAGAAGCUCCUUCCAGAGCCCGUGCCUCAGGACCCGAGCAACAGGGUGCGGGCGCUUGCCCGGCCGGGGCUUCUGCGCCCACCGCUGCUGGAGGCCGCCGCGCACGAGUGCCUCAGCAAAAUGCCGCGCUUCGACCCGCAGAACCCCAGCAAUGCGGCCCGGGCCUCCACCCAGUUCAGCUCCGACGGCAGGCCCCCCUUCGGUGCCACCUCGGCGGAGUGCUUGGCGCUGCUGCCGGGGCUCAAGGCCAUGGAGCUCUCGAACAGCGCCUGGGCUUCUGCAGAGGCGUCCCGCGCCACAUCGACUCUGCUGACUUCCUUGGCCCAGGCGCUGCUGUGCCAAGAGGCAGACGUGCAGGCCGCUGCCAACGCACUGUGGGCCUUGGCGCGCGCAGCUGCAUGA